AUGUCGGACGGUGGAGGAGACGACAGUGGCGGCACCAUGGAGGUUUCUGCUGCUGUGCAGACGGUCGCUGAUACCUCGGUUCUGCAGAAACACAUCCGCAAACUGGUGCCUCUGCUGCUAGAAGAUGGCGGCGAAGUGCCGGCCGCACUGGAAACCGCCCUGGAGGAGAAGAGCUCCGUGGAGCAGAUGAGGAAAUUUCUCUCGGAUCCUCAAGUUCACACCAUUCUAGUUGAACGGAGCUGUCUAAAAGAGGAUGUAGGCGACGAAGGAGAGGAGGAAAAGGAAUGCAUUUCCUAUAACGUUAAUAUUGAUAUCCAUUAUGGGAUUAAGUCCAACAGCUUGGCUUUUAUUAAGAGGACUGGAGUCAUUGAUGCUGACAAGCCCAUUUCAACUCAAGUCCGGGUUUUGACACUCAGUGAAGAUUCACCAUAUGAGACAUUGCACUCUUUCAUCAGUAAUGCUGUUGCUCCCUUCUUUAAGUCUUACAUCCGUGAGUCAGGUAAAGCUGACAGGGAUGGAGACAAGAUGGCUCCAUCUGUGGAAAAGAAGAUUGCGGAGCUUGAAAUGGGUUUGUUACACCUGCAGCAGAACAUAGAAAUUCCAGAGAUAAGUCUUCUGAUCCAUCCCACAAUCUCUAACAUUGCAAAGCAGUGCUAUGAACGGGGAGAAAAGCCUAAGGUUACCGACUUUGGUGACAAAGUAGAGGAUCCCACUUUCCUUAACCAGCUGCAGUCAGGGGUUAACCGCUGGAUUAGGGAAAUUCAGAAGGUGACUAAACUGGACAGAGACCCAGCCUCUGGGACAGCCCUGCAGGAAAUCAGCUUUUGGCUUAACCUUGAACGUGCCCUUAAUCGCAUUCAGGAGAAGAGAGAGAGUCCAGAAGUGCUACUCACCUUGGACAUUCUUAAACAUGGCAAACGAUUUCAUGCCACUGUUAGCUUUGACACAGAUACUGGCCUGAAGCAGGCCGUGGAGACGGUGAAUGAUUACAACCCUCUGAUGAAGGACUUCCCACUCAACGAUCUGUUGUCAGCCACUGAACUGGACAAAAUACGUCAGGCUUUGGUGGCCAUUUUUACACAUCUACGCAAAAUCCGAAACACGAAGUAUCCCAUCCAGCGUGCCCUGCGCUUGGUUGAGGCCAUCUCUCGUGACCUCAGUGCACAGCUUCUUAAAGUGCUGGGCACCCGGAAACUCAUGCAUGUGGCAUAUGAAGAAUUUGAGAAGGUGAUGGUGGCUUGUUUUGAAGUGUUCCAGACCUGGGAAGAUGAAUAUGAAAAACUUCAGGUUCUCCUUAGAGAUAUUGUGAAGAGGAAGAGGGAGGAGAAUCUCAAGAUGGUGUGGCGCCUCAGCCCUGCACAUCGAAAACUGCAGUCCCGCUUAGAUCACAUGAGGCGCUUCAGGAGACAGCAUGAGCAAUUGAGAGCCGUUAUUGUCCGUGUACUGAGACCUCAGGUGUCUGCUGUCCCACAGCAUGGUCAGAGUGAAGCAGUAGAACCAUCUGACAUGAAAGUGGCCGAAGUUCUCUUUGAUGCUGCAGAUGCUAAUGCCAUUGAAGAAGUUAACUUGGCUUAUGAAAAUGUAAAGGAGGUAGAUGGAUUGGAUGUCUCAAAGGAGGGGAUGGAGGCAUGGGAGGCUGCAAUGAAGCGGUAUGAUGAGCGCAUUGAUCGGGUUGAGACCCGCAUCACAGCCCGUCUUCGUGAUCAACUGGGCACCGCAAAGAAUGCCAAUGAAAUGUUCCGCAUCUUCUCCCGUUUUAAUGCUCUCUUUGUGCGUCCGCACAUUCGUGGAGCCAUACGUGAAUACCAGACCCAGCUCAUCCAGCGUGUGAAGGAUGACAUAGAGUCUUUACAUGACAAGUUUAAAGUGCAAUACCCACAAAGUCAGUCUUGCAAAAUGAGUCAUGUGCGUGACUUGCCCCCAGUGUCUGGGUCCAUCAUCUGGGCCAAGCAGAUUGACCGGCAGCUGACCGCCUACAUGAAACGUGUGGAGGAUGUUCUGGGAAAAGGUUGGGAGAAUCAUGUGGAAGGUCUGAAGCUGAAGCAGGAUGGGGACAGCUUUCGUGCCAAACUAAAUACCCAGGAGAUCUUUGAUGACUGGGCCCGCAAAGUACAGCAGCGCAACCUUGGGGUUUCAGGUCGGAUCUUCACCAUUGAAAGCAGUCGUGCCCGUGGGCGCACCGGGACCAUUCUGAAACUGAAAGUCAACUUUUUACCUGAGAUAAUCACUCUGUCUAAGGAGGUUCGUAACCUGAAGUGGCUUAGCUUCCGUGUACCCCUGGCCAUUGUUAACAAAGCCCAUCAAGCUAAUCAGCUCUACCCAUUUGCCAUUUCCCUUAUUGAAAGUGUGCGUACAUAUGAGCGCACUUGUGAAAAGGUUGAGGAGCGUAUUUCCAUUGCACCCUUGGUAGCUGGAUUGAAGAGAGAGGUUCAAGCCCUGAUUACUGAGGGUAUAACUUUAGUUUGGGAGUCCUAUAAACUUGAUCCCUAUGUUCAGCGCCUGGCAGAAACGGUCUUCAAUUUCCAAGAGAAGGUGGAUGACCUUCUGUUGAUUGAAGAGAAAAUUGACUUGGAGGUACGCUCUCUUGAAACUUGCAUGUAUGAACAUAAGAUCUUCUCAGAGAUCCUGAGCCGUGUCCAGAAGGCUGUUGAUGACUUGAAUCUGCACUCCUACUCUAAUUUGCCCAUUUGGGUCAACAAACUAGACAUUGAGAUUGAGCGGAUCUUGGGAGUCCGUCUGCAGGCUGGCCUCAGGGCUUGGACACAGGUGCUUAGAGGACAAAUGGAGGACAAAGCUGAUGUGGACAUGGACACUGAAGCGCCACAAGUCAGCCACAAGCCUGGAGGAGAGCCAAAGAUCAAGAAUGUGGUCCAUGAGCUCAGGAUAACAAACCAGGUUAUAUACCUGAAUCCUCCUAUUGAAGACUGCCUUUAUAAACUCUUACAAGAAUUGUUUGCCUGGAAGAUGAUCAUUCUGUUUCUACCAAGGAUACAGAGUCAAAGAUACCAGGUUGGUGUCCACUUUGAGUUGUCUGAAGAGGAGAAGUUCUACAGGAAUGCUCUGACUAGAAUGCCUGAUGGUCCAGCAGCCCUCGAAGAGGCCUACGAUGCUGUCAUGGAAAAUGUCUCAGAGGUGGAGCAGUAUGUCAAGGUUUGGCUGCAGUACCAGUGUUUGUGGGAUAUGCAGCCUGAGAACAUCUAUAAUCGCCUGGGAGAAGACCUGAAUAAGUGGCAACUGCUAUUGGUGCAAAUUCGAAAAGCAAGAGGAACCUUUGAUAAUGCAGAAACUAGAAAGGAAUUUGGCCCAGUGAUCAUUGAUUAUGGGAAGGUCCAGUCUAAGGUGAACCUAAAGUAUGACUCCUGGCAUAAGGAAGUACUCAGCAAGUUUGGACAGAUGCUAGGUCAAAACAUGCAGGACUUCCACUCCCAAAUUUCCAAGUCACGCCAAGAGCUGGAGCAGCAUUCUGUGGAUACAGCCAGCACUUCUGAUGCUGUAACCUUCAUUACAUAUGUGCAAGCCCUCAAGCGAAAGAUCAAGCAGUUUGAAAAGCAAGUUGAUCUUUUCCGCAAUGGGCAACGUCUCCUGGAGAAGCAGCGAUUCCAGUUCCCACCCUCUUGGCUGUACAUUGACAACAUAGAAGGAGAAUGGGGAGCUUUCAGUGACAUAAUGAAACGUAAGGACACUGCCAUCCAGCAGCAAGUGGCUAACUUGCAGAUGAAGAUCGUCCAGGAAGACCGUGCAGUAGAGAACCGCACCUCAGAUCUACUCACAGACUGGGAGAAGACCAAACCAGUUGCUGGCAAUCUUCGUCCAGAGGAAGCCUUACAGUCCCUCACCAUCUAUGAAGGCAAGUUUGGGCGACUAAAGGAUGACCGAGAAAAGUGUGCUAAAGCUAAGGAAGCUUUAGAGUUGACGGACACUGGCCUGUUAAGUGGCAGUGAGGAGAGAGUACAGGUUGCAUUGGAAGAGUUGCAAGACCUGAAGGGUGUAUGGUCAGAACUAUCCAAGGUCUGGGAGCAAAUUGAUCAAAUGAAGGAACAACCUUGGGUGUCUGUGCAGCCACGUAAACUGCGGCAAAGCCUGGAUGCUCUUCUCAACCAACUAAAGAACUUCCCAGCACGCCUUAGACAGUAUGCCUCCUAUGAAUAUGUACAGAGGCUUCUCAAAGGCUACAUGAAGGUGAACAUGCUGGUUAUUGAGCUGAAAUCGGAGGCUCUCAAAGAUCGUCACUGGAAACAACUGAUGAAGCGCCUGCAUGUCAACUGGGUGCUGUCUGAACUGACGCUUGGGCAGAUCUGGGAUGUGGACCUGCAGAAGAAUGAAAUGGUGGUGAAGGAUGUACUGCUGGUGGCACAGGGAGAAAUGGCUCUUGAAGAGUUCCUCAAACAGAUUCGAGAAGUCUGGAAUUCCUAUGAGCUUGACUUGGUCAACUAUCAAAAUAAGUGUCGUUUGAUCCGGGGCUGGGAUGACCUGUUCAACAAAGUCAAGGAACAUAUAAACAGCGUGUCAGCCAUGAAGCUGUCUCCAUACUACAAGGUGUUUGAAGAAGACGCCCUAAGCUGGGAAGAUAAGCUUAACCGCAUCAUGGCUCUGUUUGAUGUCUGGAUAGACGUGCAAAGACGUUGGGUCUACCUGGAGGGUAUUUUCACUGGCAGCGCUGACAUCAAACAUCUUCUUCCAGUGGAGACACAGCGAUUUCAGAGCAUUAGCACAGAGUUCCUGGCUCUGAUGAAGAAGGUGACAAAGUCUCCUCUGGUCAUGGAUGUCCUGAACAUACAGGGUGUUCAGAGGUCAUUGGAAAGGCUUGCAGACCUCUUAGGAAAGAUCCAAAAGGCACUAGGAGAAUAUCUUGAAAGAGAGCGCUCGUCCUUUCCCAGGUUCUAUUUUGUUGGUGAUGAGGACCUACUUGAGAUUAUUGGCAACAGCAAAAAUGUGGCCAAGCUGCAGAAGCACUUCAAAAAAAUGUUUGCUGGUGUGGCCAGCAUUCUGCUGAAUGAAGAUAACACUGAGGUUCUUGGCAUCUCCUCUCGAGAGGGAGAGGAGGUCCUUUACAAGACUCCGGUGUCCAUCACCGAACACCCAAAGAUCAACGAGUGGCUGACCCUGGUGGAGAAGGAGAUGCGGGUCACUCUGGCUAAAUUACUGGCUGAAGCGGUCACGGAAGUGGGGGCCUUUAACAAAGGCACUGCCAUUGACCUUGGCACCUACAUCAACUGGAUUGACCGAUACCAGGCUCAGUUGGUAGUUCUGUCCACGCAAAUUGACUGGUCUGAGAAUGUGGAGACAGCUCUAACAACCAUUGCUGGUGGUGACAACAUGGCUCCUCUGCAGGCUGUGCUGACAAAUGUGGAAACCACACUGAACCUGCUGGCUGACACAGUGCUGAUGGAGCAGCCUCCUAUACGCAGGAAGAAGCUGGAGCAUCUGAUCACAGAGCUUGUACACCAAAGGGAUGUGACUAGAACCCUCAUCAAGAACAAGAUCAACAACUCAAAGUCUUUCGAGUGGCUUAGCCAGAUGCGCUUCUAUUUUGACCCCAAGCAGACUGAUGUGUUACAACAGCUAUCAAUUCAGAUGGCGAAUGCCAAGUUUAACUAUGGCUUUGAGUAUCUGGGUGUGCAGGAGAAGCUGGUACAGACCCCUCUCACAGACAGGUGUUACCUCACUAUGACUCAGGCUCUGGAGGCUCGUUUGGGAGGAUCUCCCUUUGGCCCUGCAGGGACAGGAAAGACGGAGUCUGUCAAAGCUCUUGGCCACCAGCUUGGACGCUUUGUCCUGGUCUUCAACUGUGAUGAGACCUUCGAUUUCCAGGCCAUGGGGCGUAUAUUUGUCGGGUUGUGUCAAGUUGGUGCUUGGGGGUGCUUUGACGAGUUUAACCGACUGGAGGAAAGGAUGCUGUCAGCUGUUUCCCAGCAGGUUCAGUAUAUCCAGGUGGCCCUGAGGGAGCACAGCAACCCCAACCGUGAUCGCAGCACACCAGUUACCACUGAGCUGCUGAACAAACAAGUGAAGGUGAGCCCUGAAAUGGCCAUCUUUAUCACCAUGAACCCUGGCUAUGCUGGACGCUCUAAUCUGCCCGACAACCUGAAGAAGCUUUUCCGCAGUUUGGCUAUGACCAAACCUGACCGACAGCUCAUUGCCCAGGUCAUGCUCUAUUCACAAGGCUUCCGCACUGCUGAGACCCUUGCCAAGAAGAUCGUCCCCUUUUUCAAGUUGUGUGAUGAGCAGCUUUCCUCUCAGUCUCACUAUGACUUUGGCUUACGAGCUCUGAAGAGCGUGUUGAUCAGUGCUGGAAAUGUGAAGAGAGAGCGCAUCCAGAAGAUCAAGCGGGAGAAGUGCGAGCGCGGUGAGGAUGUGGACGAGAAUGAGAUUGCAGAGAACCUUCCUGAGCAGGAGAUCCUGAUCCAGAGUGUGUGUGAGACCAUGGUGCCUAAGUUGGUGGCGGAGGACAUCCCUCUGCUUUUCAGCCUGCUCUCAGAUGUCUUUCCAGGUGUGCAGUACAUGCGCGGAGAGAUGACUGCUCUCAGGGAGGAGCUCAAGAAGGUCUGUGCCGAGAUGUACCUUACUUAUGGAGAUGGUGAUGAUGUUGGUAGCAUGUGGGUUGAAAAGGUUCUUCAGCUAUACCAAAUUACCCAAAUCAAUCAUGGCUUGAUGAUGGUGGGUCCAUCAGGCAGUGGGAAGACUAUGGCUUGGCGUGUGUUGCUCAAAGCAUUAGAGAGAUUAGAGGGUGUUGAGGGAGUGGCGCACAUCAUCGAUCCCAAAGCCAUAAGCAAAGACCACCUCUAUGGAACACUGGACCCCAACACUCGUGAAUGGACAGAUGGGCUCUUUACACAUGUGCUCAGAAAAAUCAUCGAUAAUGUGCGUGGGGAAUUGCAGAAAAGACAAUGGAUCAUUUUUGAUGGUGAUGUAGAUCCUGAGUGGGUAGAGAACCUAAACUCUGUGCUGGAUGACAACAAGCUGCUGACACUGCCUAAUGGAGAACGUCUCAGCCUGCCUCCAAAUGUGCGUGUCAUGUUUGAGGUACAGGACCUGAAGUAUGCUACACUGGCCACUGUGUCCCGUUGUGGCAUGGUGUGGUUCAGUGAGGAUGUUCUCAGCACCGACAUGAUCUUCAACAACUUCCUGUACCGUCUGCGCAGCAUUGCCUUGGAUGAGGGUGAGGACGAGGCUCAGCGCAUGCGCAAAGGCACUGAGGAUGAAGGAGAGGAGGCUGCUUCCCCCAUGCUACAGAUUCAGAGGGAUGUGGCAGCCAUCCUUCAGCCUUACUUCACUUCCACAGGGCUUGUGAUCAAAGCCCUUGAGCAUGCCUCUAAAAUGGAGCACAUAAUGGACUUCACUCGCCUCCGCUGCUUGGGCUCCCUAUUCUCCAUGAUGCACCAGGCCUGCCGCAAUGUAGCUCUGUACAAUAACAACCAUCCUGACUUUCCUAUGCCUGUUGACCAGCUGGAAAAGUACAUACAGAAAUAUCUGAUCUAUGCUGUCCUGUGGUCCUUCUCUGGCGAUGGCAAGUUGAAGAUGAGGGCAGAGCUUGGAGAAUACAUUCGGCGUAUCACUACGGUGGCUCUCCCAUCUGCCCCUAAUGUGCCAAUCAUUGAUUAUGAGGUGUCCAUCACGGGUGAGUGGCAGUCAUGGCAAGGCAAGGUGCCUCAGAUUGAAGUAGAAACUCACAAAGUUGCUGCACCUGAUGUGGUGGUACCUACUCUGGACACUGUGCGGCAUGAAGCCCUGCUCUACACCUGGCUGGCUGAGCACAAGCCUCUUGUGCUGUGUGGCCCUCCUGGAUCAGGAAAAACCAUGACCCUGUUUAGUGCUCUUCGUGCCCUCCCUGACAUGGAGGUUGUGGGUUUGAACUUUUCCAGUGCCACCACCCCAGAGCUGCUACUAAAGACUUUCGAUCACUACUGCGAAUACCGCCGCACACCCAAUGGCGUUGUGCUAGCCCCUGUACAACUGGGCAAGUGGCUGGUGCUAUUCUGUGAUGAAAUCAAUCUGCCUGAUAUGGACAAGUAUGGCACACAAAGAGUCAUCUCCUUUAUUCGACAGAUGGUGGAACAUGGUGGCUUCUAUCGCACCUCUGACCAGACCUGGGUAAAACUGGAGAGAAUCCAGUUUGUGGGUGCCUGUAACCCCCCGACAGACCCUGGCAGAAAACCUCUUUCUCACAGGUUCCUGCGUCAUGUUCCAGUUGUGUAUGUGGACUAUCCAGGCCCUGCCUCCCUCACUCAGAUUUAUGGCACUUUCAACAGGGCCAUGCUCCGCCUCAUUCCCUCGCUGCGUACCUAUGCUGAGCCUCUCACUGCUGCCAUGGUGGAGUUCUACACGAUGUCUCAGGAGCGCUUCACACAAGACACCCAACCCCACUACAUCUACUCCCCUAGAGAGAUGACACGCUGGGUGAGGGGUAUCUUUGAGGCACUGCGGCCCCUUGAGGCACUGCCUGUGGAGGGACUGAUACGUGUUUGGGCCCAUGAAGCAUUGCGCUUGUUCCAGGACAGGCUGGUAGAGGAUGAGGAGAGACGCUGGACUGAUGAGAACAUUGACAGUGUGGCUCUGAAGCAUUUCCCCAACAUAAAUAGAGAGAAGGCCCUAAACCGGCCCAUACUGUACAGCAACUGGCUCUCAAAGGACUACAUCCCAGUUGAGCAGGAGGAGCUGCGUGACUAUGUGAAGGCCCGUCUGAAGGUCUUCUACGAGGAGGAGUUGGAUGUUCCUCUGGUGCUCUUUAACGAAGUUCUGGACCAUGUGUUGAGAAUUGACAGAAUAUUCCGUCAGCCACAGGGUCAUCUACUCCUGAUUGGAGUCAGCGGUGCAGGAAAGACCACACUUUCAAGAUUUGUGGCUUGGAUGAAUGGUCUGAGUGUUUAUCAGAUCAAGGUCCAUAGGAAGUACACAGGUGAAGACUUUGAUGAAGACCUGCGAACUGUCCUUCGUAGGUCUGGAUGCAAAAAUGAAAAGAUUGCGUUUAUCAUGGAUGAAUCAAAUGUGCUGGACUCAGGCUUCUUGGAGCGCAUGAACACACUGCUGGCCAAUGGAGAAGUGCCUGGUCUGUUUGAGGGUGAUGAAUAUGCUACACUAAUGACCCAGUGUAAGGAAGGGGCCCAGAAGGAGGGUCUGAUGUUGGACACUCAUGAGGAGUUGUAUAAGUGGUUCACUAGCCAGGUCAUUAGGAAUCUGCAUGUAGUUUUCACUAUGAACCCGUCAUCUGAGGGAUUGAAGGACCGAGCUGCCACGUCUCCUGCCCUAUUUAACAGAUGUGUGCUGAACUGGUUUGGCGACUGGUCCACUGAGGCUCUCUACCAGGUGGGCAAAGAGUUCACCAGUAAGAUGGACCUGGAAAAACCCAAUUACAAAGUGCCAGACUACAUGCCCAUUGUGUAUGAUAAGUUGCCCCAACCUCCCACCCAUCGUGAGGCGAUUGUCAAUGGAUGUGUGUUUGUUCACCAGACCCUACACCAGGCUAAUAAUCGCUUGGCAAAGCGUGGUGGCCGCACCAUGGCCAUCACUCCACGUCACUACUUGGACUUCAUCAACCACUAUGCCAACCUGUUCAAUGAGAAACGCAGUGAACUUGAAGAGCAGCAAAUGCAUCUUAAUGUUGGUCUGCGCAAAAUCAAAGAGACAGUAGAUCAGGUUGAGGAGCUACGCCGGGAUCUGAGAAUUAAAAGCCAGGAACUGGAGGUCAAGAAUGCCGCUGCUAAUGACAAGCUAAAGAAGAUGGUCAAAGACCAGCAAGAAGCUGAGAAGAAGAAGGUUAUGAGUCAGGAGAUCCAAGAAGCAGUUUACAAACAACAGGAAGUUAUCAAGGACAAACAGUUAAGCGUAAAGCAAGACUUGGACCAAGUGGAGCCUGCUGUCAUUGAGGCUCAGAAUGCUGUCAGCUCUAUAAAGAAGCAGCAUCUUGUUGAAGUCCGGGCCAUGGCCAACCCACCUGCUGCUGUUAAACUGGCACUAGAGUCUAUCUGCCUCCUGCUGGGGGAGGAGACUAAUGACUGGAAAAAGAUCAGACAAGUUAUUAUCAGAGACAAUUUCAUCUCAAGCAUAGUCAACUUUGUCUCUGAGGACAUGAGUGAUGCAAUCCGUGAGAAGAUGAAAAAGAACUACAUCUCCAACCCCAGUUACAACUAUGAGCAGGUCAACAGGGCCUCCCUGGCAUGUGGGCCUAUGGUCAAAUGGGCCAUUGCACAGUUGAAUUAUGCAGACAUGUUGAAACGUGUGGAGCCUCUAAGGAAUGAACUGCAGAAGCUUGAAGAUGAUGCCAAGGACAACAAGACCAAAGCAGAAGAAGUAGAGCAGAUGAUCCGGGACCUGGAGGCCAGCAUUGCCCGCUAUAAGGAGGAGUAUGCUGUGCUCAUCUCUGAGGCUCAGGCCAUCAAAGCUGACCUGGCGGCAGUGGAGGCCAAGGUGAACCGCAGCACUGCACUAUUAAAGAGCUUGUCUGCUGAGCGUGAGCGCUGGGAGAAGACUAGUGAGACUUUCAAGAACCAGAUGUCCACCAUUGCUGGUGACUGUCUGCUCUCAGCUGCCUUCAUUGCCUAUGCUGGUUACUUUGACCAGCAGAUGAGACAAAACCUGUUCACCACUUGGUCUCACCACCUCCAACAAGCCAACGUUCAGUUCCGCACAGACAUAGCUAGGACAGAAUAUUUGUCAAAUGCAGAUGAGAGGCUGCGCUGGCAGGCCAACUCUCUGCCUGCUGACGAUCUCUGCACUGAAAAUGCCAUCAUGCUCAAGAGGUUCAACAGGUAUCCCUUGAUCAUUGAUCCAUCUGGCCAGGCCACAGAGUUCAUAAUGAAUGAGUACAAGGACCGUAAGAUCACACGCACAAGCUUCUUGGAUGAUGCCUUCAGGAAGAACUUAGAGAGUGCCCUGAGAUUUGGUAACCCUCUGCUUGUGCAGGACGUGGAGAGCUACGACCCCAUCCUAAACCCUGUCCUCAACAGAGAGGUUCGCAGAACUGGUGGGAGAGUCCUCAUCACCUUAGGAGACCAGGAUAUUGAUUUAUCUCCUUCCUUUGUUAUCUUCCUUUCCACUCGAGACCCAACGGUGGAGUUCCCACCAGACCUUUGCUCACGUGUUACAUUUGUAAACUUCACGGUGACCAGAAGCAGUCUGCAAAGUCAGUGCCUCAAUGAGGUGCUGAAAGCUGAGCGACCAGAUGUGGAUGAGAAGCGCUCUGACCUUCUCAAACUGCAAGGUGAGUUCCAGCUGCGUUUGCGUCAAUUGGAAAAGUCACUCCUGCAAGCCCUAAAUGAGGUCAAGGGUCGAAUCCUGGAUGAUGACACCAUCAUCACUACACUGGAAAAUCUGAAGAAGGAGGCAGCAGAAGUGACCAGGAAAGUGGAAGAGACGGACAUAGUCAUGCAGGAAGUGGAAACUGUGUCGCAACAGUAUCUGUCACUGUCCUCUGCUUGCAGCAGCAUCUACUUCACCAUGGAGGCUCUCAACCAGAUGCACUUCCUUUAUCAGUAUUCCCUCCAAUUCUUCCUGGACAUCUACCACACUGUGCUGUAUGAGAAUCCAAACUUGAAGAGUGUGAGUGACCAUAUGCAGCGCCUUUCCCUUAUUACCAAGGAUUUGUUCCAGGUUGCUUUCAACAGAGUGGCUCGAGGCAUGCUUCACCAGGAUCACAUCACUUUUGCCAUGCUGCUGGCUAGGAUCAACCUAAAAGGCAUAACUAGUGAACCAUCAUAUGACCCAGAGUUCCAGCACUUCCUGCGUGAGAAGGAGAUUGUCCUGACAGGCACAAGUGCACCUAAGGUGAAGGGCCUGAGCACAGAGCAAAGCGAGGCCAUGGUGCGCCUCAGCCGCCUGCCCUCCUUCAAAGACCUGGUGGCUAAAGUGCAGGCAGAUGAGCAAUUCUUCAUGUGGGUAGAGAGUAACUCCCCUGACCUCUCUGUGCCAUACCUCUGGGCCGAAGACAAGACGACCACUCCCAUUGGCCAAGCUGUGCACCAGCUACUGCUAAUCCAGGCAUUCCGACCAGAUCGUCUGCUAGCUAUGUCCUCCAUCUUUGUGGCCAAGGUCUUGGGAGAGAGCUUCAUGUCCAUUAUUGAACAGCCAAUGGACUUGGCCAACAUUGUGGACAGUGAGGUGAAGCCAGGAACUCCAGUGCUUAUGUGCUCUGUGCCUGGUUAUGAUGCCAGUGGCCUGGUUAGAGACUUGGCUGCUGAACAAAACAAACAUAUUACCUCCAUCUCCAUUGGUUCUGCUGAAGGCUUCAACAAGGCUGACCGAGACAUUAACACAGCAGUCAAGUCUGGAAGAUGGGUAAUGUUGGAGAAUGUACACUUGGCUCCUGGCUGGCUAAUGCAGCUGGAGAAGAAGCUGCACUCCAUGCAGCCUCAUGCCAGCUUCCGCCUCUUCCUCACCAUGGAGAUCAACCCCAAGGUUCCUGUGAACUUGUUGCGUGCUGGUCGCAUUUUUGUCUUUGAGCCACCCCCUGGAGUGAAGGCCAACAUGCUAAGGACUUUCAGCAGCAUUCCAGUAGCGCGCAUGUGCAAGGCUCCCAAUGAGCGUGCGCGGCUGUACUUUCUCCUGGCGUGGUUCCAUGCAGUCAUCCAGGAACGUCUCCGCUAUGCGCCACUUGGCUGGUCCAAGAAGUACGAGUUUGGAGAGUCUGACCUGCGCUCAGCCUGUGACACAGUUGAUACCUGGCUGGAUGACACUGCUAAGGGUAGACAGAACAUCUCUCCUGACAAGAUACCAUGGGCAGCACUGAAGACACUAAUGGCUCAGUCUAUAUAUGGAGGCCGUAUUGAUAAUGAAUUUGACCAGCGCCUUCUAAACACUUUCCUGGAGCGCAUCUUUACUACUAGCAGCUUUGACAGCGAAUUCAAGCUGGCACUCAAAGUGGAUGGCCACAAGGAUAUUAAAAUGCCAGAUGGUAUUCGACGUGAAGAGUUCAUGCACUGGGUGGAAUUGCUUCCAGAUACUCAGACUCCAUCUUGGCUAGGUUUACCAAGCAAUGCUGAGAAGGUUCUUCUAACCACUCAGGGCACAGACAUGAUGGGUAAGCUGCUGAAAAUGCAGAUGUUGGAGGAUGAGGACGAUCUGGCCUAUGAGACAGAGAAGAAACGGCGUACAGCGUCAUCCUCAGAUGCCCAACCGGCAUGGAUGAGGACGCUGCACAGUACUGCAUGCAACUGGCUCCAGCUUAUCCCGCUGUCUGUCAGUCCACUUAAACGUACCGUGGAGAACAUCAAGGACCCUCUGUUCCGUUUCUUUGAGCGAGAGGUAAAGAUGGGUGCUCGGAUGUUGCAAGAUGUACGUCAGGAUCUCACUGACGUUGUUCAGGUGUGUGAGGGCAAAAAGAAGCAGACCAACGUUCUUCGAACACUAAUCAACGACUUUGUCAAAGGCAUUUUGCCCAGUAGCUGGUGCCGGUAUACUGUCCCUGCAUCUAUGACUGUGAUCCAGUGGGUGGCUGACUUCAGUGAACGCAUCAAACAACUGCAACAAAUCUCACAGGGAGCAGCCAGUGGAGGUGCUAAAGAGCUGAAGAAUAUACAUGUGAACCUGGGCAGCCUGUUUGUGCCAGAAGCUUAUAUCACCGCAACUCGUCAGUAUGUGGCUCAAGCCAACAGCUGGUCUCUGGAGGAACUUGCUUUGGAGGUCAACGUCACCUCAGCACAGGGCGCAGCACUUGACGCCUGCAGCUUCGGUGUCAAGGGCCUGAAGCUUCAGGGAGCUACCUGCACCAACAACAAGCUCUCUUUGUCUACCUCCAUCUCCACUGAGCUGCCUCUCACACAGCUGCGAUGGGUGAAGCAAAGCAACAUGGAAAAGAGGAACAUGGUCACCCUACCAGUGUACUUGAACUUCACUCGUACAGAUCUUAUCUUCACUGUGGACUUCGACAUUGCCACAAAGGAAGAUCCACACAAUUUCUAUGAGCGUGGUGUGGCUAUCCUCUGCACUGAGUAAAUGAUUGCUUCGCUUAAAUGUUAAUCGUUCUUAAUGUUCUUAAUAAUCUCCUAUUAAUAUGUGAUUCUUCAUAGCUUGGUAGGUAACUACUUUGAAAGUGUAACCUUGCAUUGGAAAUGUAACCAUUUAUCUUAAUAGAUUAGAAAGUCAAGGAAAUGUGGAUAAGGAUUGAAGAUUUUAAAAGAAGGAAGCUGUAUGUGUUUUAGGAGAGAACAUGAAUGUUGAUUAAAGUUUGGGUUCUUUUUGCUUGUUUCUUUUCAUAAAAAAGGUAAUUGUUGGAGUGGACUUCAAAAUAGUAUGAUUUUGCUGGCUUUCAGAGUUCAGUCUUGAGAUUUGAAAUGAUCUUGAAAACAUAGACAUAAUAUCUUACUCAUAUUAUUGUGUAUUGAAUUCUAAAUAAAAAAAAAUUGUAACCUG